UUUUUUUCGCAAACAUCUUUUUUGAUGAACAUAUACUUUUCGUUGUUCUACCUCGAAAUGAUAAUGGCGCAGAAGCCGUCGAUCUUAGUGCUGACAGGUACUGCGGUAGCAGCGGGGCUAAACGCUCUCUGGCUAGCGACAUUGCUAGCUGCGAUACAAAAAACGACCGGACGCCGACUGCGCACCAACAACGCCUUCCAGCGGUACUUUCUCAAUUGGGGUAAUUCAGUGCUCGGUGGACUGCAGAGAUGGGCACAGCGGUCAUCGCUAUUUACAGGCGAAGAAGCAGCGGAAAUGACUAAUUCGCAGGCAAUGGGCAGGGCGGUGAGCGCAGCACAAAGAGCCACGGAGCAAGCGCAGAAGCAAUUAAAGCGGCGAGUGGUCACGGUCGAAGUGGAGGUGGUCAGAAGACAGAGCGAAGACUUGCCGGAAUACACGCCGUUUACAGAAUGCACAGAAUGCACAGAAUGCACAGAAUGCACAGAAUGCCGGCCGCCGCACGAGGUCGUGGGCAGCAAGCCAGCGACAUUAGUGACGGCAUCGAUCGACUCUGCGGAUCUGAAACCGUCGCUGUACAGUUUGGUGUCCACGCACGGCGGCUCUAGCUCAAUGCUCUGACGAUAAUGAAAAUAUAAUACUACUCAAAGUCCUGU